UGCAGUGUGGAGAGAUCAUACGGAGGUGCUGCUCGCUGGGAGAGGGAUCAUUUGGAGGAAAGAUACUCGACCUGGGUGACCGCCCUGGGCAAACGCCACCCCUAUUUCCCUCAUACAGUCACGGCGUGACAUUGCCAUAACCACCUUUAGUCGGGGUGACCCUCAGUGAUAGACAGAUGUGUGACACUGUGGAGAACCAUUUGCCUCUCCCAGUGGAGAUCUGAGUUCUGGGACACUGAGGCGGCCGAGGGGGGGUCUCUGAGGAAGAUGCUGGGUUCAGAGCGCGGUGUUGUCGAAGAAUGGCUCUCAGAAUUCAAGUCCUUGCCAGAAACCCACAUCCCCAGUUAUGCCGGCAGCCUUCAUCUAAAGAAGUCCCUGGUGCCAGCACUCUACAGAGUCAUCCAGGACCCCAACAAUGAGCUACUGGAGCCUGUUUGCCACCAACUGUUCGAGCUGUACCGGAGCUCUGAAGACCGCCUGCGCCGCUUCACCCUGCAGUUCCUGCCUGAGCUGGUGUGGGUAUACCUACGUGUCACGGCCAGCAGAGAUCGUCAGAGCAAUGGAUGCAUCGAGGCCCUUCUCCUGGGCAUCUAUAACCUGGAGAUCGUGGAUAAAGAUGGCAACAGCAGGCUCCUGUCCUUCACAAUCCCGUCUCUGUCCAAACCAUCGAUAUAUCACGAGCCUUCUAGCCUGGGAUCCAUGGCAUUGACAGAGGGGGCCCUCUGUCAACAUGACCUGAUCAGAGUGGUGUACAGCGGCCUCCACCCUCAGAGAGAGACCUUCACAGCCCAGAACAGGUUUGAAGUGCUGUGUUUCCUCAUGCUCUGCUACAACUCUGCUGUGGUCUACAUGCCCCUAUCGUCCUAUCAGUCAGUCUGCAGAAUGAGCUCACGGUUGUGUGUAUGUGGCUUCCCCCGGCAACAGCAGAAGCUUUGGCGGGAACCGUGCAACCGUGUGCUGCUGGACCCUGAGUUCAUGGUGCAGAUGCUGACUGCUGUCUAUCACGCCAUAUACAAUGGAGAGUGGGAGAUGGGACGGGAAGCUCUGGAGGACAUUCUGUACAGAGCCCAGCUGGAGCUUUACUCCCAGCCUCUCCUGCUGGGGAACGCCAUGAAGAACUCGCUGCCAGACAGCGCUCCCGAUGAGCCGCGGGGGCGCAAGGUGCUGCAGGUGGAGGUGACGCCCACCAUUAGCCGCAUCUCCAUCUCAGCCAUCACCACCGCCUCCAUACGACGCCACCGCUGGAAGAGAGAGGAUUGUUUUGACUACUCAACCGAUGCAGAGUUGAGCCUCAUCGUCAAUCCUCCUAGCCUCGCCCAGCACCACCAACAACACCGCCACACUCCCUGGGACCCCGCAGCCAAUGAGGAGAGAGGAGGGCGGCCUCACAGCCACCACAGCAGCAGCAGCAGCAGCAUCAUUCCCCCCAUCACAUUUGAGGAUGCUGAUGGUAUGAGCGGCGGGGAAGAUUCCUUCAACGUCAACGACCCUGACGAGGGUUUCUCCUCCGGGGCGUCUAACAGCAGCCAGCCCAGCGGAACCAAGACGGGCGGCAGCAUGGGGCCGAGGGGCGGCAGCCUGAACAGCAGCAGCAGCAGCAUCAAGAAGGCCAUCACGGCCCGGCUGUCUCGGGACAAAGAGAGAGAGCGGGAGAAAGAGAGGGAGCGAGAGAGGGAGGCGGUUUUGUCGGUGGAUCACCAGACCCCUGUGAGGAAGCAUCACCAGAGGCAGCAGUCGCCUCCAGCCAGCAUUAACUUGGAUGCCAUCCAGCUGAGCCCCAUAAAGAAGCACCUGAGCUUCCCUGCGGGGCCCACGCUGGUGCGGACUGGCAGCACCUCCUCCAGCAAGUCCUUUGACUGCAUGAAUUUCAACCUGAACGGAGGUGAUGACGAGCGAGAGGAGGCGGCGGGGGGCUCGGACAAGGAAGGAGGGCUUCCGGCAGGUGGCUCCCACCGCCACUCCACCAUUAGCUUGAAAGAGGAGCACCUCAUCAGGCCAGAGGACGCCCAGGACCUCCUGUCUCCUGGAGCUCCUCUCACCAAGCAGUCCCGCUCCCCCAGCUUCAACAUGCAGAUCAUAUCACAGGUCUAAUGUGCAGUGCAGGGCAUGGUAGAGACACACACACACACACACACACACACACACACACGCACACGCACACGCACACACACACACAUACACACAAAACACCUGCUCAUAACACACACUCAUGCAGUUUUCCUCUGCAACUCUUUACAGCCCUACUUUGACAACUUCUGUCUACCUAUCUAUGUUGUGUGUGUGCGUAUGUGUGUGUGUUUGUGUGUGUGUCUAAUUCAAGAUCUCAAGAGUUGUGUGUCCACCCUUUUAACAUCCAUUAAACUUCAAAUUGUGACCUGCAGUCGCUGCUGGUGGGUUUAGCGUGUCUGGAAAUGCAGCAACGAGAAAAGAGGUUAACGACGACUGCCCACUGUUGUGAAAGAGUCCAGCAUGUCAGCGCAUCCUCCCGUCUGACCGGGCCGAGCAUCCCACAGAGAAACUCUCCUCAGAGGGAGCAAACACGGAGAGAAAACUCGUAAGGAUGCCACGCUAGCUGUAGGAGGAUAAUAUGACAUUUCAGAUUUUUUGAGUUCCUGACUGAAUCAGUCAAAAAAAUGAAUCAGCAAUAACACUUACCAGUCGCUCGUGUGGAGAAGAGUGGGGUCUCUUCAUUCCUUCCCUUUCAUUCCCGGGCUCACGUGCAAUCGUUUCUUCCUUGUUAACUGUUUUUAAUUAGGCAUAAAUGGUUUUAUGAGUAAAAUUUCUUUCUUUUUUUUUUAAUCACAGUCCAAAGAAGGUAGCAUUUGUUUUUCUUCACUUGUUUGAUUUGGCAGAAAUCACUCAGACUUGAAGUGAUUCUCUAGUUUUGACCUUCAUUUUAUUCUCAUUUGAUCCGUAAAAUCAGACUUUUAAGAUUGUUGUAAAACCAAACUGGAAUGUGGUAAGGGUUUUGUCUUGCCCCAAGCUUUUAACUGGAUGAAUCGGAAGAAUUCACUAAUGUGCAGCUACAAGAGGAAGGAAUUCAUCUUGUGACUUGAUUUAAAAUCUAAAGCUGAAUCUCGUGGAAGAACGGGAUUAAAACAGUGCAGGUUUGGGUCUGAAGCUAAAAGGCAAUGACUGUAUUUUAUAUUGGAUUGUUAUUAAGGUUCAAACCAUUUAAUGGGUCCUUCCAUCUGAAAGCGCUUGUUGGUGUGUGUUUGUUUGGCUCGUGUGUGGUGUUCUUUCUGAGCCGGUGAAUUACUGCCCUCUGGAGGUUUGUACUAGUCACUGCGCAUCAGCAGUCACCAUGACGAUUGUGUCUCCUGUUUUGUGCUCUGAUUGGAUGCUCAUGAAACAUUUUGUUCUACCUCAUUGUGUGUUCACCUGCCACUCAGACGCCUGUCUCCCAAUCAGACGCAGGAUUUUAAAAGACCCCAUUUGGUUUGAAACUGGAGCGCUUGACUAGUUGUGGGGGGGGGAUUAAAAUAGUGUGGACCAAAAUGGUUUCACACAGCAACUGUAAUGACACAGUAAAAUCUGUGUGUGUGUGUUCAUGUGAGGAGUUAUGACAUUUCACUUCAAUCGCAUCAUGCACAAAACCUAGCUGCAAAACAAGAACACGACUGUCUUCAGGUUUUCGUAUUUUCUGUUCUAUAUCAGACAACCACAUUUGGGAUUAACAAGAUUAUUUGGAUUCCCUAGAAAUGUCCUGCUAAUCUUUUUUUUUUUUUUUUUUUAUGUAAUGAUUUUUGAAGUGCAAUUUUUUUAAUCCUCAUGUGCAUGGAGUUGGAUCUUCUCUGCUGUUAAAUGCCUGCAUCUGCGCACAGUGCUAGCUAGCCUUCUGUAGUGCUCCCUGCCCAGGCUGAGUGAUAUGAACACGGCGUGCUUGUCUGCAUGUUUAGUGCCCUGCAAAGCACUGCUGUUUCAGAUGCGUGAAACGGCCAGCGAGCCAAACCCAAGUCUCGUCCUUGUCUUUGCCAGAUGUGCCAAUACACAUCCUCUCCUUAAGGAAAUCUUUCUUUUUGCUUGGGUGUCUUAAAUUAAAAUGCCUAUUUUUUUCUGUUUACUGGUCUUACUUUAACCGAGAAAAAGGGAUGUUUGGACAUACGGCUCAACGUGCCCUUAGAUGCAGCUUCACCUAUUUUUUGCCAUGAAUUUUCUUUUCACUCAUCACAGGUGUGUGCGUCACGCCGUACUUUCACGAUCAUCGCUAAGCUUUGCUGUUCACAUGUAAAAGCAGUAUAUUAUGCGUCUGUGUACUGUAGAUGUCUGCUGUUGUAUUGCAUUUUCCGCGUCUUUGCUCACGUGCUUGUUUAAAACGAGGAUGAAUGAUAAAUGUAUAUAAAAGCCAGCUCAGUCUGCAGUGAAAAUCCCACACACUCACGCUCCCACUGUGCUGGAAACCUCCACAGCUGCUGCUCCUGCUCCCGAGUGAGUCCUGCGUGCGCUUUAGCCUUAAACAUUUCAGGCCAAAAAGCCUCGUUCCGUCGGCUCUUUGGCCCUCACGUGCUCCUCCUCUUCCUCCUCCUGCUGGACUUGACUGUGGAAGAAGAAGAGAGGAGUGCAGCGACAGUUCACACUCUCACCUGGUCUGUCUGCUGUCAUCCCCGUGCUGUGUGGCUCACGACGAGCCGGGUUCCCAUUUGCUGUACUUUGCUGUGAGUUGAGUGGCACCUUUUUGCUGUUUUAAAACUGGUGACGUGUUCAUGUCAUUAAUAUGAGUGCCCCUGACCAAGGUUACCAGCAGCCAUGUUGGUACUGUAUGUUGACUUAGAGUAACCGAUAGACAAAUAUCCCUCAGUGUCUGGUGUUAUUUGCAUGUGACCAGGGCGGGAAAUGAACACCAGCCAGUGAAUGCUGAUGAAACUUGACUGGGGCUGGAACCUGCCAUCCAUUGUGGGAGAAUAAUGAGCCCAGAAAUCCCCAUAAGGUCCACUUACAUUUCAAAAAGAAGUCUAAUUUUAGUGAAAAAAUGUGAAAUUAGUGCUUGGUCAGCCACUGUUGCUGGUGGACAAAGUUCAUUUCCUGUCCUGCAUGUGAUAACUGUGGGCUUUUGUUUUCAUACAGUAUAAUGCACUUUAAUCCAUCCACCUCUCUCCUCAAGAUAGUUAUUGAAAUGAUAUAUAUAGAUGUGCAAACGUGUAUACACUCAAUGCAGGGUUUUAGUCUCUUUAAAGUAGUGCUUCUAUGUGAUGUCACAUCCAACACAAUGCUAUUUUUGUUAAAGUCUAAGGGUACAGCUAUUUACUAUAUUUUCAUUUCAAAACCAAAAAAAAAAAAAGUUAUGGAGUCUGGAAGGUCUCAGGAGCUUAUCAAAAAGCCACAUUUUAAAAA